AUGUCGCCGUUCGCAACUCCGCCCCGGUCCACUCAAGAAACUCCCCCUCCCACUCCCACUCAGACUCGGCAGUCCACCCAAGAGACACCCACCCCGACUCAGACGCAGGAUUUUGCACGACAUACUUCUUUCACCCCGGCCGGAACCAGCACUCCCUCGAGUGUGCAAACCAACAUACCACUGCUGCCGACGAAUGCCCCGAUUCUGCCAGUGCCCACCCAUCAUCCCCGCCAUGACGAAUAUGCGAAAAAGCCAAUGUGGCGCCAAGUCCUGACGGGGGCCAAUGAGUUUAUGCUUGGGAAGGAAAAGGCAUCGGUGUAUUGGUACGCGAGUCUCAUGUCGGUUCUCGCCGCCCUCGUCGUCACGGGCUCGAGCAUCUUCGGCUGGCCACCGUUGCCAAUCUGGGAAUACCUCCGGCAUGUGACGGGCUAACGGGGAGGACACGCGUUCCUACGAGACGCUGAGUUGGGGGCAUUGUCUCGUAAUGCCUCCAGGAACUGUGAAACAAGCCCGGCGUUUACAGUUGCAUGGGACUGGGGCGGGCAUGGCGAGGGUCAGGAUCACGGCGACGAGGGUACAUUCAUUCAACAGCAUAUUUGUAAUCGUGUGUACGACCAACAAAGUCAAACCCCAACUACGCACUCGCUGCCUCUCGGCCGCAAGAUGACAGUUGACGCUCCGGCUUAAUCGUGAUCAGAUUGUUAUGUGCCUUGUGAUAUUUCGACAGACCACCGAGCGAGUAUGGGGGAGAACCAAGCUCGGUUGCUCCAGCAGAACUGGAGCCGUCGCGGCAAACUCGUUGAGGAAAAGGAGACAGGAAAACAUCACCUACCUUCUUCGUCGAGGACACGACUUGGCAAUCCUCAUCUUCCAUGUUUGAAUUAGCGACGAAUGUCUCGUCUAGGAACCUCGACC